AUGAAGUACAUUGAGAUAGUGGAUCAUAGUUUGUGCGGCGACUCAGGCUCUUCACAACAGUAUGGUGGAAGUGAUUUGCCAAGCAGCACCGCCACCUGCACCGAAAUGAUAGUGGCGCGUGAAUCACCCACUUUGAGCAGCACCGUGCGAGCGUGGGUAUACACACACACCGAGGGUGCGGAGGUGUGUGUGCGUCGUUUGACGACUACAAGACGUGCACCCACGCAGAGGCGCGAGCCACGCAGCCUGCGCAAUCUGAAGCGCAGCGCCCCACCCUUCUAG